AUGUUGGACAUUUUGCAGCCUGCAGGUCAUUGGAAAUCGGACAGCUGUCGUCAAGAAAAACUGGGUAGCGGACUGGGUAGCGGAGGUAGAAGGCCUGGCAGGGGAUGUUGGAUUCCCUGCUGGAGGGUUGGGGAUGUAGUAGCCAUCGGGGAUGAUAAAUUGAAUCCAAACACACUAUCGGAUAACGGGGUUGAUGUGGAUGAAUAUGCUUUGAGGGUGCCAAAGACUACAUACUCUGUUUUAGCGGGACUUACCAUCACACUUGAAUGUUCGAUUUCGCCACCAAUAUACCUAUCUAACGUACACUGGACCAAAGAGGGGCGACAAGCUCAGGUGUUCAGCUCUGUCAGUCCGCGGAAUACAAAAUAUUCUGGAUCUUCCUACAGAAGGCCUUCAUUGACCAUACGUGAUACAAAUGUAAAGGACACUGGUACCUAUACAUGUAGAGGGCUGAAAUCAAAAGGUGAAACCUACUCCAGGUCACCUCUAAACUUAACUGGUUCUCCAAUCACCUUAACAGUGUAUAACCCAUUUGCCGUCACAAUCAAACCAAGCAAAGAAAAUAUUUCGAAACAGAUAGGAGAUUUUCUCCCAGAAAGAACAUGUGUAUCAGAUGACUGUCGAGGUAAAUGUGAAGUUGUGUGGACUUUACCUAAUGGUAGAAAGAAGAAAGACAAAAUCUUCAACAAAAAUAUCUCAAAGGACGACACUGGGAAAUACAUAUGCACAAUCAGCAAUGAGGUACAGAGUGAAUCGAUAUCCUUCUACGUCACCGUGAACUAUGGACCUCAAUCCGUAACACUUACGCUAUCUGGUCAUCAGUCUCUAAGAAAAGGACAACAUUUUUCGGCACGAUGUCAGGCAGAUUGUUCCCCAUCCUGUGCCUUUUACUGGACUGGAGGGAAUAUUAACCAAGCAUAUAGACGUGCAAAUAUUUUAAGCAUUGAACGUUUAAGUAAGACCGACAGCGGUGUUUAUCACUGUAGUGCAUCUAACGAUUACGGCAACAAAUCCACUUCUUUGAAGAUAAAUGUCGAAUACGGACCCGACGAUAUUAGUUUGGAACCUACAACACGGAGAUACAACAUACUGGAAGGUAUCGUAAUAAACGACAUCAACUGCUCAGCCGAUUGUAAUCCAGCGUGUCAUUUCUCCUGGACCAGGAACAACCUCCCAGUCAGUAAUGACACCACGCUCUCUCUCGGUAGCUCAAAUAGCAGCAAAGAUGGCACAUAUACCUGUACGGCUCGGGGUGUAAAUACAAAAAGUACAACGUCAAUCACAGUGAAAACUUUAUAUGGUCCAAAAUCGAUGACAUUGUCCAGAAAUGGUGAUCUGUCAGUACUAGAAGGAACAAAUGUGAAUAUACGAUGUCGGGCAGAUUGCUCCCCUUCCUGUGAUAUCAUCUGGACAGGACCAAAUUUCAACAGAGAUGGGAGACGUGGAACAAAUUUAAACAUUACAAAGGCAACCAGGACUGAUCAUGGUGUCUAUACUUGUACAGCAUCGAAUGAAUAUUCGGAGAUAUCCACUUCCCUGAAGAUAAAUGUAAUUUAUGGUGGAUCUGACAUAAGACUUGCACCGACUGAAACCCACUAUACAAAGAAGGAGGGUAGUAAGAUACCGGAUAUCCGGUGUACAGCUGGAUGUAAUCCCGCCUGUGAGAUAUCAUGGUACCAUGAUAGAACUGGUCGUGUCUGGCAGGGAGAUAGAUUGUCCUUGCUUAACAUGUUAAGGUCAAGGGACGGAAACUACACGUGUGCAGCUAAUAAUAGCCAGGGAACUCAGACAACAAAUGUGACUGUGCUAUCUCUCUUCCCUCCAGAAGUACCCCGAAAGGACCUGCUAAAUUCCACUUACAUUGUACGCAUGGGAGACGCCUGGACAAGUAGUAUGUCCGUUGAGGCGUCACCUUCCCCACUCGCUUACCUCCAACAUGAAAGAGACGGAAAUGGUCCAGCUGUGGAGAGGAAUUUAUCAAUGCAGUCGACGAGAUACGACUAUUACAGCACAAAAUAUACGUACAGUAUCGAAAACAUAACCAAUUCUGACCUGGGAUACUACACGUUGACCGUAACCAACUCACAGGGGAGAUUUCUGUACGAGUUUUCUAUCAACACCCUAGAUGCUGGAACGUCGCUUGCUCAAGGUGCCAUUCACCCCGCUGUAUGGAUUAGUGUGGUGAUAGUUCUCAUUCUCAUCAUUGUGACUGUCAUCGUCAUCUUAAAGCGAAAACACAACAAAGAAAGAAAACGUAAUGUCAGUCAGAGAUCCGCUGAGACAUUCCAUGGCGUGCACAAUGCUUCAUAUGAGCAACAGGAUAUAGCACCUCAAGGCCUUCAAGGGUUGCCACAGCAACCUGCUGAUGCCUUCAUUUCCAUCCACGGAACAGAGUCUGAACAAUCGCGGCCUGUGAAUGACGUAUAUGCCAAUGUGGUUAGGCCUAAAAGCAGAGAUGAAGCCAUAUCUACUGGACCGAACAACGUUGAUGGAAUGGUAAAUGAACCGUCUCGCAAGUCCGCAGACGCCAUUGGUGCUGAACCAAACAGCCUUUAUGCAAUGGUACAGAAACCAGCUCGCAAUUCAGGUGAAUACGACGAUUGA